AUGGCUGACGCCGGCGUGGCGCGCGGCUCAGGGAGUGCUGGCGAUGCUUUGUUCAGGGAACUCUGGCAUGCUUGUGCUGGGCCGUUGGUCACAGUGCCUCGCCAAGGCGAGCUGGUUUAUUACUUCCCGCAGAGGUCAUAUGGAACAGUGCUUGAAGCAUCUACAGAUCAACAACUUGAUCAGCACUUACCUCUGUUUAAUCUUCCACCCAAGAUCCUCUGCAAGGUGGUCAAUGUAGAACUUAGAGCUGAAACUGAUUCUGAUGAAGUUUAUGCUCAAAUUAUGCUGCAACCAGAAGCAGAGCAAAAUGAGCCCACCAGCCCAGAUCCUGAGCCACCCGAGCCUGAAAGAUGCAACGUCCAUUCCUUCUGCAAGACCUUGACUGCUUCAGAUACAAGUACCCAUGGUGGAUUCUCUGUCCUCAGGCGGCAUGCUGAAGAAUGUUUGCCCCAACUGGACAUGACUCAGAAUCCACCAUGGCAAGAACUGGUGGCAAAAGAUCUCCAUGGAAAUGAAUGGCAUUUCCGUCACAUCUUUCGAGGGCAACCAAGGAGGAAUCUACUUACGACAGGCUGGAGUGUUUUUGUUAGCUCAAAAAGAUUGGUUGCUGGUGACGCGUUUAUCUUUUUGAGAGGUGAGAACGGAGAGCUGCGAGUCGGGGUAAGGAGGCUCAUGAGGCAACUAAAUAACAUGCCGUCCUCGGUUAUCUCAAGCCACAGCAUGCAUCUUGGAGUCCUAGCAACUGCAUCUCAUGCCAUCUCCACUGGAACUCUCUUUUCUGUUUUCUACAAACCCAGAACAAGUCGAUCGGAAUUUGUCGUUAGUGUAAACAAGUACCUUGAAGCUAAGAAUCACAAGAUGUCUGUUGGUAUGAGGUUUAAAAUGAGAUUUGAGGGUGAUGAAUCUCCUGAAAGAAGAUUCAGUGGGACAAUUAUUGGUCUGGGAAGCAUGCCAGCUAAAUCAACAUCUCCGUGGGCUAAUUCUGAAUGGAGAUCUUUGAAGGUCCAAUGGGACGAGCCUUCUGCUAUUCUGCGUCCAGAUAGAGUUUCACCUUGGGAACUAGAACCCCUUGAUGCAACUAAUCCACAACCACCUCAACCUCCUUUACGGAAUAAGCGUGCACGGCCUCCUGCUUCACCUUCUAUUGCUCCAGAACUUCCUCCAGUUUUUGGACUGCAGCGAACUCAGGAAUUAUACCAUUCAAACCCCAAUUCAAUCUUCUCAUCAUCGUUGAAUGUAGGAUUCAAUUCAAAGAAUGAGCGUUCUACUCCAAAUAACAAUCAUUUGUACUGGACAAUGAGAGAGACAAGAACUGAAUCCUACUCUGCUAGCAUUAACAAAGCUCCUACUGAAAAGAAGCAAGAGUCUGCUACUUCUGGCUGCAGAUUGUUUGGUAUUGAGAUAGGUUCUGCAGUAUCACCAGUGGUUACUGUUGCUAGUGUUGGUCAGGAUCAGCCACCUGCUCUCUCAGCAGAUGUUGAAUCUGAUCAGCUGUCACAACCAUCCCAUGCCAACAAAACAGAUGCCCCAGCAGCAAGCAGUGAGCGCUCUCCUAAUGAAACAGAGAGCCGGGCAAGUCAGGAGCUGCACCAAGGUAAUCAUGCAAGGAAUGGCGGUUGGCAGGGCAGUGGACUUGACGAGUUGGAGGAGAUGUUUGAUAUCCAUGGAGAGCUUUCUGCCAACCUCAAGAAAUGGAAGGUUGUUUACACAGAUGAUGAGGAUGAUAUGAUGCUGGUCGGGGACGAUCCAUGGAAUGAAUUUUGCAGGAUGGUAAAAAGGAUAUAUAUUUACUCUUACGAGGAGGCCAAGUCUUUGACUCCCAAAGCGAAACUGCCGGUCAUUGGUGACACCAUCAAGCCAGACCCAAGCAAAUUGUCACCGGAAUCUGACAUGCCACAGAGUGACUCAAACAACAAUGCUCCCGUUGCUGCUGAUAAGGAUUGA